GGCUCAGUGCAAGCAAUACAUCGGGGAUGCUCUUCGACCGACCAAAUGCUGCAGUCCGUCAACUCGAUUACAUCAGCUAGAAAGUACGCGACGCGAAAUUUUCAGCGGUGGUGCGUUAUACAUCGGAUCAGUCGUUAUCCGGUGGUCCAAGGCAUGAGACCUCGCACGAGAGAGCCAACGCCUCAGUAAACUUCUAAACAAGAGACUAGCAAGUUCGUUCGUAUUGAAUGGCAGAUUAUGAGUGUAUUGAAGAGUGUCAUCAUCACCUUGCCUAAGGGCCUGUCGAAGGCGCCUGGCAUCGUAGUUAGCAACGAAUUACCGAGAUCCGUGGCAAAAUUUAAUUUCACCAACUCUAUGUUGACCGACAAGUCAAGGAUGGAUUCGAAGAGGAUUACCAAACAUAAAGACACUCGGGACGAAAGCGCGUUAUUCAAGACUGACUCAUGCGUCCGUGGAAAAAAACGCCGACUGGAUCACUUAACAUGGGAGGAGAAAUUACAACGAAAAAAACUGAAGAACAGAGUAGCCGCUCAGACGUCACGGGAUCGCAAAAAGGCGAAACUCGAUGAACUGGAGGAUACUGUGAGAACGUUGAGGGAACAAAAUGAAUUGUUGACACAGGAGUGUUCUAUGUUGAGGUCACAAAACGAUUUGUUGGUGACAGAAACAAAAAGAUUGAGGAGGGAGAAGGAUACGAAAUAUUCAGGAGAAUUAAUCUGUUCGAUGUGUCAGAGUCGUGUCGGCUGUGCUGUGCGCGCAGGGAUCUACAGUGUCCCCCACUCACCCUCUGCAGCAGGGUGGAACAAUGCAGCUGGCACCGUCUCUGGUGCUAACCCCAGGAACAGCAAUUUUCCUGAAGAUACUGACCAUUUACCUCCUCUUGAAGACCUGUUUGGUGACCUCCAAGGGGACGAUUACAUCGAAAGACUUGAAGAACUUGCAGAAAGCCUUUUGCGAGAGGUUAAUGCAGAAGUGGAAGCAAAUCCUCAUACGACAAAUGAACAAGUGUCGGUCCAGGAAGGUACCAUUGAAAGACAUAACCAUUCGAAAGGAGUGGUGGGGCAGGCAUCAAAAAAUGUGGAAGCCGGUAGAACCUAUGGAAGCAUGAGCACGCACCAAUCGUGGCAUCCUGUUACCAGCACAGUUACUACACCUUGUACCACGAGUACAACUGCACUCGCGUCGAUCAAAUCAGAGAUCCAAGUGAAACAAGAAGUCGACACACACGAUUUAGAUACCGUCUACGGCACCUACGACGAGACCAGUAAUUCCAUAACGAUCAUUUAUCCGGGGGAGGAAAAUAGCGUGGGCAUUCAAGAGUGUGUUCAAGAAGUGAGCACGGACGAGGUUUGCUUGGCCGAGGAUACAUCGUGUCGCACACCGAAUCGUUAUUAUUCCGAUCAACUCUCACCGUCGUACACGUGCACGGACUCUAUGUCACCGUCAAGCAUACAUUCCGAAGAUAUGGAUUCCGGGUUCACGCAAACGAAAUUAGACUCGAACGCGUCCGAUUGUGGCUACGAGUCGCACGAUUCUCCAAUACCCGACACACGAAACGAAAAGGGUAACGUGGCCCUCGCUGAUCUUUGGCACGAAAGUUUUUCCGAAUUAUUCCCUACGCUGGCCUGACAGUUACGGCAAAAAAAAAGAACGACGAACAUUGGAUCGUUCCCUUAUUGUGUCUGUGAUACAACUUAACGGAAACCGCGUUUAUCAAACAUUUGUUUACUACGAGAGAAUAAUUAUAGCACAACUGUAACACGAUACGAGAACUCACUUUAUACAUUACGUAGCACAUGUGUAAAA